GGUUCGCGAGGAAAAUUUUCGGACCAGACGCAGACCGGGGAAGAAUCAAGUUUGAAGGUGCGAACGUGGUUUCUUACAUUGCGAAGUCCGAACAAAUCGCAACUUGGCUCCUUCAACAGAAAGAAAUGAGAAUUAAGCUUCAGGAGGCUGAAGAGUAUGUGGUGUCCUUCAAACCAUGGCUCCCACUCCAAGAGCUCAGAGAGGUAAGACUUCAGGAGGCAGAAGUCAAGUUUUGGAUCAUGGCACUUCGAGUCCCCAUUGAUGCUUACUACUAUCUAAGAAGCGCGGUACAAGGUAUCUUCGGCGAGGUGGUGCAGAUGUAUCCACCGGAAUAUGACAGAUCAAGGCCAAAACUGAUGAACGUGAAGUUAGAGUUAUCUCCCGAUGCACGCCAUAAUGUUGAAGAUGUGCUAACUAUUGAAGGCCCGACUGGCGAGAAGUGGAGGGUGGAGAUUGCUACUCCGUAUACGGAUUGGUGCAGGCGCUGUAAGUGGUAUUUUCACACAGACAGCAACUGCCCUCGGACCAGACAGGGGGAUGAGAGAGGGAAUAAGUCAGCGGUCAGACCAGGAGGGCACAAGGUCAGAUUCUCCGAGCAUCUGCAAAAACAGGAAGAUCAAGCGAGGAACUCCCGAGCGGCAAGGCGGGAAGCGAAUUCACACCCGCAAGCUGGGAUCCCAACGACCUCUCACAUCAGUGCCCAGGCCCAAGGGCUCAGAAGGAAUAACCAGGAGACAGCAAGUGGGAGACCUCGGUGGGAUUCCCAAGAGUUCAGAAGCACCGAAGUGCAGGAGCAGGGGGGGCAGGUCAGUGGAGCAGGGAGGUGGCAGGGUCAAUUCGAUCAGCGCUACAAAUCCGCGAACAUAGUAGCGGGGCUAGGAGACCCGCAGGGGGUUUGGGGACAGUACAAUCAAAGUGACCUGAGAGGUGCAUUCGCUACGGAGGAGCAACACUUGCACGAUAGAUUCGGUCACAAAGCAACAUUCGGAUACGGCGGCGCUGCUCCGAUGACGACCCCCGGGUCGGAUAGGGUGGAGUGGCAGGCAGGAAACCACUACAGGGAAAGGGACUUUCCCCAGGCUGCUCAUCAACAGGAACAGGACCCGCUGUGGGGAGCGGGCCCGCAGGAAGUUCAAGCUCAGUACCCGGGACAAGCGUUUCAAGAUACAGGAGCCCCGCAUAUGCUAGCGUGCCCGUACCCAAGGUACCCACCGAACUCGUACAAUUGGAGAGAUCUAAUUCCACACAGCCGAGAGGAAUAUCUCGAACGGCCCGGGCCCUCAUGGAGAGCGCCAAGACCAGGUCUCUCGAGACUCGGCAAGAGUACGUCCAGAAGCGAGUCCAGGGGCCGUUGGAGAAGCCAGGGGAGAGCAGAUGGAGGUAGCUGGAGGGACCAAGGAGAGCGAGGAGAAGUUGGAGAUUGGAGAGAACACGGCCAAAGGAGAAGAGAAGAGUUACAAACGGGACCAGGAGAUUUGCAGCAGGCAGCCCCCCGGGCGGCGUCAGGUGACCAAAGAGUGACUCAAGAGGGGCGGCACAGAUUAGCGGACCAAGCAGUUGGGAGAGGGGACAUUCAAGGGGAGUUGUCGAGGACAUCGGCAUCGUCUCAGUCAAGGGUGCGAUGGGGUAGUGAGUGGUAUGUUGGGGAAAAGGCGUCGGAAGAGUCAGAGGGAGAAAGAUCUUCGAUGCUCAGUUCUGCAACAUCGAAAUCUCCAAGAAACGAAGAAAGAAUGUGUGAGGAACACCCUCGCCGGGAUCUGGAUCGAAGAGCGGACACAGCCAGAAAAAGCCAAGCGGAAAAGGUUCAAAGAAGGAUUGUACCCCUACUCUGCACGAUGGCCAAAGACGGAGUUUACUUCCUCGCCUUAGCCCAAGCGGACGGCGUUCCUGUGCUCCCAUCAUUCGAUGUAGAACACUCUCCUACCCCUUCGGAGAUCGUCGACUUCACAAGAUCACUAUACGGACAGCAUGUCUCGAUCAGACUCAUCCCACGCUCCAUCAUGGUGAGUCUGACCAUGGAGUCCAGGGAGCAGUUUUACAAGCUGUAUUUUCCGCUGCUCGACGCGCGCAUACCAUCGGAACUGGCAAGCUCGCUAACACAAGCGGGAGUAAGGUGGGUUCACAUGUCCAAAUUGAAGGACCAGUAUUUUGCUCGACGCGCGCAUACCAUCGGAACUGGCAAGCUCGCUAACACAAGCGGGAGUAAGGUGGGUUCACAUGUCCAAAUUGAAGGACCAGUAUUCUAAGGAACUAGAAUUAAUAAAAGUAAUUCCAGAUA